AUGAAACCAUCAAAUUUAAGAUAUGUUAUUGAUUCUGGAUUUGUGAAACAAAAAACUUACGACCCGGCUACUGGAAUGGAUGCCCUUUUAGUGGUGCCGAUUUCUCGAGCUGCCGCUACGCAAAGGGCUGGCCGUGCUGGUCGAACAGCUUCGGGUCAAGCUUUUAGACUUUACAGUCGGGAGUCUUUUGAACAAAUGGAAGAAGAUACCGUACCAGAGAUACAAAGAAGUAGCUUACUGGGUACUGUACUUAGUUUAAAGAAAAUGGGGAUCAAUGAUAUCAUCAACUUUGAAUUUAUUGAUCCGCCUGAUCCAGCUAUGGUAAAAAAUGCUUUAAAACAACUCUUUUUGCUAGAAGCUAUAGACGAUUCUGGAAAGCUUACUACUUUGGGUAAUGAAAUGUCGAUUUUUCCAUUGAGUCCCUUUCUAUCUAGGGUUUUAAUCGCGAGCUCAAGGAAAUAUGAAUGUAGUCGAGAGGUUGUAAUAAUAGUGGCAAUGCUUUCAGUUGAAGAAAUAUUCGUAUCUCCGAGGAGUACUGAAAAACAAAUGGAUGCUGAUGAAAAAAGAAGAGAGUUCUAUCAUCCUUCAGGUGAUCACAUGAUGCUAUUGAACAUUUUUGAAAGAUAUCGAGAUAGUGGUUAUAGUCGUGAUUGGUGUAGGGAUAAAUACUUUAAUUAUCGUGCUUUAUCGAUGGCUAAAAGCGUUCGUGAUCAACUCAGAGAAUUAAUGGCAAAACAUGAUCUUCCAUUGAUUUCAUGUCGACUAAAAACUUAUCAAGUCAAAGAUGAUGGUGAUAGACACAAGAAAAAACGAAGAAAUUCUUACCAAGAUAUUAAGUAUAAUGCUGAGAAAAUACUUGAAUCAUUUUCUACUUCAUAUUAUAUAAAUUUAGCAAAAAGGCAUCCUCACCGUCCGGUAUUUUAUCACUACGCAUCAGCCACCGGUCCUGGUAGUGAGAGUAUAGAUUCAAAUUCGUCACUGUUGGCGUUACAUAUUUCUCCUACAUCCGCGUUACAUCCUGAUAAUAAAGUAGUUAGGGCUGAUGAUUUAGAUUGGGUAACUUAUCAUAGUGUUUUAUACACGAAUAAGGCCUUGAUGAAGGUUGUUAGCAAGGUUAAAUUAGAAUGGGUACAAGAAAGACUAAGCUUAUUCAAAAAAUUAGCAACAGCAAAUUUGGAUGGGUCUUAUGGCAGUAAUAAAAGUGGAAGCAAUAUACUUGAUAAUACGAACGAGGACAGUGAUAAAGUAAAUUCAAUGGUAGCUGAUGCGCAGAAAGUGAAGGAUCAAGAUGAUGAGAAAAAAAGAAAAAGAUUAGAGGCCAUUGAAGCUGCAAGACAAAGAGCAUUAGCUAGAAAAUCCAUUACCAAUCAAGAUUAA